AUGGCCCUACCCACCGCUUCCUCCAACGUAGCCAGUGCCAGGGCGAAGCUAGCUGAGAGAGCCAAGACGCCGGCCAAUUCGAAGGCGAAGGGACGACUGGAUGAUCAAGAGAAGCGGGGCAAGAAUGGAAGGCUCAUCCCGUCACUUAGUCGCAGGAGCUCGCCUCCUCUGAUGACAGUUGACCCGAACGCGGAGAAGAAGAGGUGUUCCUGGAUCACUGCAAACUCGGAGCCCCUCUAUGUCGCAUUCCAUGAUGAAGAAUGGGGAGUUCCUAUUCAUGAUGACCGAAUGCUAUUUGAGCUGCUCACACUUUCACAAGCCUUAGGUGAAUUCACCUGGCCUUCUAUUUUGAGCAAGAGGGAGGAAUUCAGGGAGAUUUUCGAUGGCUUCAACUUUUCAUUGGUAUCUGAAUUUACGGAGAAGAAGAUAAACCUUUUGAGAUCAAAUGGAAUCGUGCUGCUGUCAGAGCAAAAGAUUCGCGCAGUUAUAACAAAUGCCAAGCAAAUGCAGAAGGUGGUUAAGGAAUUUGGAUCGUUCAGCAACUACUGCUGGAGCUUUGUGAACCACAGGCCCAUCACAAACGGCUUCCGCUAUGCUCGCCAUGUACCUACAAAGACGCCGAAAGCUGAAGCCAUAAGCAAGGACUUGAUGCGCCGAGGGUUCCAGUGUGUUGGACCUACAACGAUCUACUCUUUCAUGCAGGUUGCCGGGAUCGUUAACGACCAUCUGUCAUGUUGCUUCAGAUUUCAGGCUUGCAACCAGCACAAGGCCAGUGAAAACGAUGUGAGACCAGAGCCAGCACUGCCUGAUAGAAGGCUGGGCUCGCCAUCUUCGGAGGAUUCAGAUACCAGGGAGGACAGUUUGAAAGUGCAUUGGGAUGCUACUGAACAAGUGGUGUAUACUGUAUAUACAUUGUAUAAGAUUGUGCAGCUUUCUGGUGUGGAGUGCUUUUCUCACAUGUAUCAUAUUGGUAUUGCAGAAUGCACUUUGAUUGGGCUAGAUGUAAAGCAACUUCUGCUGUGUUGUUUUCUGAAUGUACGGUAUCUGGCGGUGUAUGUACAGACGAUGCAGCUUACAAUGUUCUAG